AUGUUCCGUUACAACGACCCGGCAGAAGCUGCCAAACUCCGACAGGAGGGCAGCGCGUCCGUAAUGAACCUCUCCCGGCUGUCGCUGCUCUCCUGGUCCACAACCGACCUCGCCGCCAGCACUGAGAACCUCAACACCACGCUGUCCGACCUGGAAAGUGAGAUCAAGUGCGAACGUAUUGAGGCGCAGCGUGCAGAGCUGGAACGCGAGCGCCAGCAGUUCCUGCUGCAGCAGCAGGAGCGACAGCGCCGCUGGCACGAGGAGAAAGAACAGUUGUUGCAGGCCCAGAAGAAACUAGACGAGGAGCGCACGGCGAUGGAGCGUGAGUACGCGUCGGCGUGCCGGCGGCUGUCAGGCGACUGGCGCGCCCUCGAGCGCGGCUGGGCGCUGCGCCGCCGCGCGCUGCGCUGCCGCCAGCGCGAGCUCGCCGCACGCGCAUACCGCCACGCCGCUGCCGAAUGCGCUGCGCGCGCGCACAUAGAAAAAGAGGAGGCUGUGAUAUCGAACCUGCGAGAACAAGUUGGUGGCAAGAAACAGGAAUUGAAGACUUCUGUGGAAAAUAGCAUCAAGAAACUGCUAGCAAAAGGAUGCAGAUUAGAUGAGAGCACGACACCAAGUCCCGACAGUCCGGCCUCGGAAACGUCAACGGAGAGUCUGAUGCACUUGCUGCAACAGUGCGAGCCCAACACCGCCAACAGUAUCAAGGAUACCGUCGACAGACAUAAGAGGGAGCUGGAGGAUCUAGAACAAGAGCUACAACGGCGCGUGGCUCGUGUGGCGUCGCACCGCGUGAAGGUGGAGCGGCUGCAGCGUGAGCUAGCCACGCUCGGCGCACAGCGGCGCGGCCUCGCCGCAGUGGAGCCAGAAAACGACAGCGACACCCCUCCUCCCACUCCGGACGGCAUGAAACGCAGUAAAUCCGAGCUGGUGCUGCGGAGACCUCACCGCGACUCGCUCACGCCGGACUUGCUAGACGACGUCGACCCGCUCUCCGCAGCGGAACGAGAACUCUUCCGUAGUAAAAAAUUGAGUCUCAGUUUAAGUUUGGAUCCGCUGCCCUCACCAAACUUGGCUCUGCCCUCGGACGAGACGUUCCACACAGCGAGCAGUUCGCCCAAGCCGCUCCCCGGGGACUCCUCCCCCACCUCCCCCACCUAUACGCUGAGCGCAACAGACUCCGCACAGGACGAGGGGCUGCGCCCUCGCUUCAAGCUGGGACCUGCGCCGCCCGACGAUAGUGACGACAUGUCCAGCACUGAAGAUUACUCUAAGCCAAGAAUUGUAGAAGGUCAGUCGUCGAGUUCAGUAGAGCGGUCGCCUGAAGAACGACAUCAGAGGACCAAAUAUAGGAAGAGAAUACCAGGCGAGCGGGCCGAGCGUGGUGCGCGGCGGCGGCAGGUUACGGAGGCGGAAGCGCUACGCGCCAUGCAGCGGCUGUGCGCGCGCAUUGCCGACCAGAAGCUGCUCGUCAUCUCCUCGCUUGAGAACGACUGCUCCAAGGACGAGCUGCACGCACAGAUCGCGGUCCUCCAAGACCUACAAAAAAAAUAUGUCCGGCUGGAAAUGGCGCUUCAGUAUUCGUUCUUCGACAAUCAACCCAAUAGACGGCCUAUAAUGGUGACGCCGAUACAAGAGACGCCGUCAUUGACUCUGUCCGAGAGUGACAUGCAGGUCGCCACCGAACCUGCGCUCGAGCAGGAACAGACCUUCGACGAUCCACUGCUACACAGAUUAAAGGAAACGGAAGCGGAGGCGUCGGAUAACGUGUCAACGUCGAACGACGAGCUGCCGUGCGAGUCCUCGUGGAGCGACCCGCUGCGAUCCCGCCGCGAUUCCGCAGCGGAACCGCAGCGAAACUCAGUGUCAGCGCCUGUACCUCUACACGAUCCUACGAUAACACCAGGCCUGACGCAUCCUAUAGAUUUUUCUGAGGUGGUGAGCAUACCGGGCUGGGUAGUGCGUGGCGCGGGCGCGGGCACUCACCACGAGUACGAGGUGCGCGUGUGGCUGGGUCCGCACUGCCACUGGCAGCUGCUGCGUCGCUACCGCCGCUUCCGCGAGCUCUACCUCGCCAUGCGCCGCCAGUACGGACACAAGGUGGCGAGCAUCCCGUUCCCUGGUCGCGCGCUGUGGUCCUCGGAGGCGCUGGCACGAGCGCGGCGCCCGCAGCUGGAGGCCUUCCUGCGCCGGCUGCUGGCCGCGUGCGCGCGCGACUCACGCUGCCCGCUGCACGCCGCGCCGCUCACGCGCGAUGCGCUCGUCGCCUUCUCGCCCUUCUUCAGGAAGGUACGCAUCGCUCUGUCUCACUCUCUCACAGUAGACAGGCUACAGCUUCAUGCGCCGGCUGCUGGCCGCGUGCGCGCGCGACUCACUUUGAAGCGCGAAGAAACGCGAAGGCUUUGA